GCCCGCCGAUCACAUGAUACCGACACGUGACCGCCCCCCCUCUAACGGGUCCCGGGCGGGGACAGCGCGGUGCGCGCUCGGCCCCUCGAGCCGGCCGGGAUGGAGCAGGCCGGGCCCUGGCGCUGCGCGGGCCGCUCGAGGCGAGGCCAGGCCCGCGGGCAGCGGGCGAGGCCGGGGGCCGAGGCUGGGCAUAGCGGGGCGGUGCAGCGGCGGCUCCGGGAGGCCCGGAGCCAUCCAAGAAUCCCUCAGCAAAUGCUUAGAGCAAGGGGAAAAAACACCAGGGUCUAUGUCAGAAGUCCUGUGUUCAUUUGAAAACCUGCAACUUGAACCAUCCCAUCAGUCAGUUAUGAAACCCAGUUCGCCUUCAGGAGAGCCAGCUCACAAAAGCGGUCACCUGCGGUGUGUAUGUUAUGGCAUUGGAAGCUUUUCCUCUUGUGUCAUUUCUCGCUACCAACUAGCAUUCUUGCUUCUGUUACUGGAGAAGUUACAGAUUCCCAAAAGUCAGUGCUACAUUUUUGAUCCUUUAUUUUCCGAAUUGGAAAUUAGUGUUCUGAAUGACCUUGGUGUAACAGUUGUCCUGGAGAAUGAGGAGGGAAAACACCACAUUCAUGAAUUCACCGUCUUUUAUAUGAUCCACUGUGGAAAGGCUUUGUAUAACAAUCUGCUCUGGAGUAACUGGUCUGUAGAUGCGCUGUCCAAAAUGAUCAUUAUUGGGAACAGUUUUAAAGGGAUUGAGGAAAGGUUGUUGGCAAGAAUAUUAGAGCGAGAUUAUUUGUACAUAGCAAAGAUUUUAAAAGGGACAGAGGAAGCUGCAUUUCCAAUUCAUCCUCAGUAUAUGGAUAUAUUUAAUGACACCUCCAUCCACUGGUUUCCUUUACAAAAACUCAAGGAGCUCCCACCAGAAGCCUGGCAGUUUCAGGAAGAACCAAUGUACCCGGAAUGUGAUGACCUGGAGAUUAUCAGGAAAUAGGACAAAUGGAGUUGUUUCAUGCUAGGACCAGAUUGAAAUGGAAUCUUUAAUUAUGCCCUGGAGUUUGUGCCUGUUUUUACAGGGCUACAUUCACUUAUAGUAAGGGGAUGUUAAGCUCACUUACCACAACUAUCAAUAUAACGGGGGCUGGCUAACAUAUUUAGCCAGAAAUCUUGACGGCAGCAGCACUAUCUGCAAACAGAGCUUAAUGUGACAGGUUUUGCUCAGAGGUAGUGAUUUUUUUUUUAAAUCUGUACCUUAGCUUACCCUAUUUAUUAUUCACUAAAUAAAGUCAUACGAGUUCUUUUUCCA